AUGCGACGCCGACAGCUGGACGGAUCACCGCCUCGUCAUCUCCAAGAUGAGUCGCCGACUGCAACCCCUCCAGGAGACCACAAAGUAAGCAAUCAACAGGAAAGUUAAGUACUGUUCUGUUGAAUCUUUCUGCUCAGGGCUUCGAUUUAAGCGAUCAGCUGACCCGGCGACUGGAAGAAUUGCAGGCUCCAAACGACAACGCCACCGCAGAGACACAGUGGCGCCAAUUGCGGGACGCCAUUCGCACCCCCUCGGUCGCCCAUGCGGUCAAAACCAGAACUGGUUUGGCGACACCGACGAAGAAAUCCAAAAUCUGCUUAAAGAGAAGAACAGACCACCGCCGGAUCGACGAAAAAAGGCCGCCCUGGUGCAGCACCGACUGCCGGAAGUGCAAAGCUGCGGGAUAGAUAGCGAGGAAAUUCAAGGGUACGCGGAAGGUAAUGAGACGAAGAACUUUAGAGCCUCCGCCAGGGUAGUCUACGGUCCCUGGAUCGAAAAAAUCGCGCCUGUCCUCAGCUCUGACGGAGCAGCACUUCUGACGCAGAAGUCGCAGAUUUUGAAACGCUGGGUUUGA